AUUUUUUUAUAUGUACAUUUGACUUUAAAUAAGUAAAAUUAUAUUUGUAAUAAGUACUUUAGUCCAUAUUUCGGUGGUAUAAUCAAUAAGCAGUAAAUCAUAUUGGAAUAAUUUAAAUUUUUUAAAGCGAAUAGAAGAAAUUGCAGGAUGAAUUUUAAUCAUUCAAGUACCAUCAGUUCAACCACAAAUUUCAGAUCCGAAUACAGUAUUGCACCUAAUGAUGAAACCUGUGGCGAUAGCAGUUACAAUUGUACCUUCAGUCGUCCCAGCAGACAUGAUAUUAGAAUGAUGGCGGGUUUAAAGAUAUUUGCCUUUAUACUGAUGCGCGUUUGGUGCAAAGGGAGAAAGGAAAUCAAACAAUUAAAACAAUCUAUCGAAGAUUUAAAAGAUAUCUGUAUGAGAUCGGAAAAUCAAAUGCGUGUCUACAGCACUUUAAUGCGAGUAGAACAAAGUCGAAACAGUGAACUGACAGCACAGUUGAAAAGAACUUUGAAUAAUUUGAAACGCAAAACAGCAUCCUACGAAAUCACUGCAAUAAAAUUAUCCAAUUUAAAGGCAAAUAAAGUUCUAUUGGAACAUGAACUCAAAAAUAGAUACGAGGAAUAUGAAGUCCUGCAUGAAGUUUUGUCACAAACCAAAACUGAACUAUUCCGAUCCAUGAUGGAACAAAGAAGUUUACAAAUGGAACUUUGCAAAUCGCAGCGCUGUGUGCAGUCGUUGGAAAUUGAAAAAAAUGGUCUCAUAAUGCAGAUAUGUAACCUUAAAAAAGAGCAUCGUUCAAUCGAAGAACAGUUAAAUGUUAAUGAUAAUAAACUUAUUGAAGUCAAAGACUCGGUGGAGGAAUGUCAACCAAAAUUAAUAGAUACUCAAAAAGAUUAUAUAUUUAAUGAUUUUGCUAAUCCAACGACAGUUUCCGACAAAUUGCCAAAUUUAUAUGUUACAGAAAGACAAAACAGUGCAAAAAGCCAGUCCUCACAACGUUUAGCUUUGUACUGGGCACGUUUCCUGAAAUAUCCAAAAUAUACCUUACGUUGUGUUCAUGUUUUAACUUGGUAUCUAUUGCCCGCCAUGCCGCCACCUUCGACAAAAUUCACAUAAAAGUUAAUCUUAUUGAUUAAUUUAAUUGUAAAUUACGUCUUUAUCUAAAACACUAUAAUGUUUAAAUCCGUUUUUGGUUAUUAUAUUACAGCUUGUUUUGCAAAUAUCUUAGUUUAUAUUAAGUAAAAUAAGAUGUUUGCAGAUCUGUAAUCUGAUAGACCUUAUAAUAAGAAGUAAUUAAAAUUUUAGCUUCAUUAUUCCAAUUUUAGCUUAUCGUAAUUAUUUAUUGACAGUUCCCAGCAAAAACAAAACGAAGUACUUCCAAUAGAAUAACAUUUAUCACCACUUCAAAAGUAGCGUUAAGUGAAUUUUUUAACUUCUGUGGAAAUGAAGUUUAUUGAUGUCAAAAGAAGCGAAAGGCAUCCAAGUUUUUUUUUUUUUAAUUGAAAGAAUAUUUUUUGUACUGAAAUCUUCUGAAUUAUACCAAUUUUAUUUUAG